UCCUCGGCCAAACCAAGCCAAGCUCCUGCCUCUCCUGCUCUCUGCCCAUCUCAGUCUCACCAUGAGCUGUCGCCUACAGAGUUCCUCCGCCAGCUAUGGAGGUGGCUUCGGGGGUGGCUCCUGCCAGCUCGGAGGAGGUCGCAGUAUCUCUACCUGCUCAACCCGGUUUGUCUCCGGGGGAUCUGCUGGGGGCUUUGGGGGUGGUGUGAGCUGCGGCUUCGGUGGAGGGGCCAGUAGUGGCUAUGGGGCUGGCUUCGGAGGCAGCUUCGGAGGUGGCUUCGGAGGUGGCUUUGGUGGGGGUUUUGGUGGAGGCUUUGGUGACUUCGGCGGUGGAGAUGGCGGCCUCCUCUCCGGCAACGAGAAGAUCACCAUGCAGAAUCUCAACGACCGCCUGGCCUCCUACCUGGAGAAGGUGCGUGCCCUGGAGGAGGCCAAUGCCGACCUGGAGGUGAAGAUUCGAGACUGGCACCUAAAGCAGACCCCGACCAGCCCGGAGCGUGACUACAGUCCCUACUUCAAGACCAUCAAUGAACUCCGGGACAAGAUCUUGGCGGCCACCAUUGACAACAACCGGAUCAUCCUGGAGAUUGACAACGCCCGGCUGGCUGCCGACGACUUCAGGCUCAAGUAUGAGAAUGAGCUGACCCUGCGCCAGAGCGUGGAGGCCGACAUCAAUGGCCUGCGCAGGGUGCUGGACGAGCUGACCCUGACCAAGACCGACCUGGAGAUGCAGAUCGAGAGCCUGAACGAGGAGCUGACCUACAUGAAGAAGAACCACGAGGAGGAGAUGAAGGAGUUCAGCAACCAGAUGGUCGGCCAGGUCAACGUGGAGAUGGAUGCCACCCCAGGCAUUGACCUGACUCGCGUGCUGGCAGAGAUGAGGGAGCAGUAUGAGGCCAUGGCAGAGAAGAACCGCCGGGAUGCAGAGGAAUGGUUCCACAGCAAGAGCGCUGAGCUGACCAAGGAGGUGUCUUCCAGCACGGCCAUGAUCCAGACCAGCAAGACAGAGAUCACCGAGCUCAGGCGCACACUCCAGGGCCUGGAGAUCGAGCUGCAGUCCCAGCUGAGCAUGAAAGCCGGGCUGGAGAGCACACUGGCGGAGACGGAGUGCCGCUACGCCCUGCAGCUGCAGCAGAUCCAGGGCCUCAUCAGCAGCAUCGAGGCCCAGCUGAGCGAGCUCCGCAGUGAGAUGGAGUGCCAGAACCAGGAGUACAAGAUGCUACUGGACAUCAAGACGCGGCUGGAACAGGAGAUUGCCACCUACCGCAGCCUGCUGGAGGGCCAGGACGCCAAGUUGAUCGGUUUCCCCACAGGAGGAACCUCCAGCAGCAGCUCCAGUCGCCGGAUUUGAGAACAGUAGGCCUUAAAUCUGCCAGGCAGUCCCUCCCUCUGUCUUCAGCACCCAGAGGAGGAGAGAGCUGAAGGCUCCCUGCAGGAGCGAGGGAGGGACUGCGAGGGGCCCCGGCCACUCUGCGCCCGGC